UCUCAAUCACCCUCUUGACUUCCCUACUCUGCUUCUUCUCUCUCUUUUCUCUUUUCUCUUUUCUUCCUUUUGUUUAAAGAUAAAAGAGAGAGAUUAAUACACACAGACGAACAACAAAAACAGAGCCUCCUCUGUUUCCCCCAUUAACGCCCUUUCAAUGUCCUCGAAAACCCCGCCCAACCAAGAUUCCUCCGCCGCCGAUAAGUUCAAUGGCGGCGGUGAACUGCCCUCUGAGGACCGUUGCCCGGUGGAGGAGGUGGCUCUGGUGGUCCCAGAGACUGAUGACCCAUCUCUUCCUGUCAUGACUUUCCGAUCAUGGGUUCUCGGCCUGGCUUCUUGUUGCCUUCUCAUUUUCCUUAACACUUUCUUUACCUACCGUUCUCAGCCGCUUGCCAUCUCUGCCAUUCUUAUGCAGAUCGCCGUUCUCCCAAUUGGCCGCUUCAUGGCCUCCACUCUUCCAAACAGAGACUUCCAUUUUCUCCGAUGGAAGUUCAGUCUCAAUCCUGGCCCUUUCAAUAUGAAGGAGCACGUUAUUAUCACCAUUUUUGCCAACUGCGGCAUCUCCUAUGGCGGCGGUGAUGCUUAUUCCAUCGGCGCCAUUACUGUCAUGAAAGCUUAUUAUAAACAGAGCUUGAAUUUCUUCUUGGCCCUUCUCAUCGUCUUAACAACCCAGGUUUUGGGGUAUGGAUGGGCUGGAAUGCUCAGAAGGUACUUGGUGGAUCCUGUUGAAAUGUGGUGGCCUGCAAAUCUGGCUCAGGUUUCUCUCUUUAGAGCUCUUCAUGAGAAGGAGGACAAAUCAAAAGGAAUGACAAGAAUGAAAUUCUUUCUAAUCUUCAUGGGAGCAAGCUUUAUAUACUAUGCCUUUCCAGGUUACUUGCUUCAAAUCUUAUCAUUCUUCUCGUGGGUUUGUUGGGUUUGGCCUCACAGCAUCACGGCUCAGCAAAUUGGGUCGAGCAAAAGUGGGCUUGGGCUCGGUGCCUUCAGCUUCGAUUGGGCUGGGAUUUCAGCCUACCAUGGGAGCCCCCUGGUUUCGCCAUGGUUCUCAAUUCUAAACGUUGGAGUUGGGUUUGUGAUGUUCAUUUAUAUCAUCGUCCCUGUUUGCUACUGGAAAUUCAACACCUUCGAUGCUCGCAAAUUCCCCAUCUUCUCUAAUCAGCUCUUCACCAGAACCGGCCAGAAAUACGAUACAAAAAAGGUUUUGACGCCGGAUUUUGAACUUAAUGUUGCUGCUUAUAAUAGCUAUGGAAAGCUUUAUCUUAGUCCCCUUUUUGCCCUCUCCAUUGGAUCUGGUUUUGCCAGGUUUACUGCUACUCUCACUCAUGUCGCCUUGUUCCAUGGACGGGACAUAUGGAAGCAAAGCAGAGCAGCAAUCAAGAAUGCAAAAUUGGACAUUCAUGCAAAGCUGAUGCAAAGCUACAAACAAGUGCCAGAAUGGUGGUUCUUGAUCUUAUUGUUUGGGAGCAUUGCACUGUCGCUUCUGAUGUCGUUUGUGUGGAAGGACACUGUUCAACUGCCGUGGUGGGGGAUGCUAUUUGCCUUUGCUAUGGCUUGGAUUGUUACCCUUCCAAUUGGGGUCAUUCAAGCAACAACUAACCAGCAACCUGGAUAUGAUAUUAUAGCUCAGUUCAUUAUUGGUUAUAUUCUUCCUGGAAAGCCAAUUGCAAAUCUGCUUUUCAAGAUCUAUGGGAGGAUCAGUACAGUUCAUGCUUUGUCUUUCUUAUCUGAUCUUAAACUUGGUCAUUAUAUGAAAAUUCCACCAAGAUGCAUGUACACUGCUCAGUUAGUUGGGACGCUAGUUGCUGGGACGAUUAACCUGGCUGUUGCUUGGUGGAUGCUGGAUAGUAUAGAGAACAUCUGUGAUGAUGACGCUCUCCAUGCUGAAAGUCCAUGGACUUGUCCAAAAUAUCGAGUCACAUUUGAUGCUUCUGUUAUCUGGGGACUGAUUGGACCAAGACGGUUGUUCGGACCCGGUGGGCUGUAUCGCAACUUGGUGUGGCUAUUCCUGAUCGGAGCAGUCCUUCCGGUUCCCAUCUGGGCAUUGAGUAAAGCAUUCCCCGAAAAGAAAUGGAUUAAGCUGAUAAACAUACCAGUUAUAUCCUAUGGCUUUGCAGGGAUGCCACCAGCAACUCCUACAAACAUAGCAAGCUGGCUCAUGACUGGAACUAUUUUCAACUACUUCGUCUUCCGAUACCACAAGCGCUGGUGGCAGAAGUACAAUUACGUUCUCUCAGCUGCCCUCGAUGCAGGGACAGCUUUCAUGGGUGUGCUGCUUUUCUUUGCACUGCAGAAUGCAGGCCAUAAUUUGAGAUGGUGGGGAUCACAACCAGAUCAUUGUCCUUUGGCAAAGUGUCCAACCGCUCCUGGGAUCGCAGUUAAAGGAUGUCCUGUAUUCUAGCAGCAGUGAACUGAUCAAGGCUGUGAAAGAACAAGGAAUUCUGUAGACCAUCGAAGCAGGGGGAUGAUGAAACAGAUAAAAGUAUGUUGUUACAGAGUUAGGUUCAGACUCUUGCUUUCCUUUUGAUGUUUGUAAUUGCUAGUUGAUUGUAAUGAGAGGUUCAAGUGAUUUGGGAGGGCUUUUAAAUGGGAUACAAGUUGUGUUGCAUCUUUUUGGUUUGUCUAUGCAAGUCUAGAUGGGCAAAGCAUAAAAUAAAAGCAAAAGCUCUUUUCUUC